AUGCCGCCCAAACGUAAAGCAGCUGCCUCAGCUGCUGGAAGUAGCACGAGCAGAUGCUCAACCACCAAAACAUCGGCUCGAAAAGCGCCUGUACGCAAAGUGCCCAAACUCGCUGCACAGCUCGACAUGUACAUUCGCCGAUCGGACGACGAGGAUGAAUCCGAUUCGAAAGACGCCCACGCUUCAUACGGUCUGAAGCAGAAGCAGCAACGACUGAUAGCACGUGCGCACGAGCCCGAAUACGAACCCGAAUCCGACGAAGCCUCGCAUGUCUCGUCCGAGCACGCUGCCAGCGACGAGGAUACGGAUGUGCAGCUGCACGACAAGACAAAGCUCAAGACGGUCUCUGCAGCCAACUUGGGGUUCCUCUCCGGCCUCGACAACAACAAGGCACUCGACGUCUCGCAGAAGCUUGCAAAGCACAAGGCUAAGCUGCUCAAACGUUCCGAUAGACGCCAGUUUGAAGAGCAGAGGAAGAGAAUCAUCGCCGAGAACAAGGCGAGCCUAACACAGCCAUGGUCCGAUGACGACGAUGACGAUGACGAUGAUAGCCAUGAUUUCUCCGACGCAGAGCAGCAAAUUCGGUCGCGGCCAACCCACGCAGAAAAGAAAAACUUCCAAGAGUACAGCGACGUGUCUGAAGGCGACGAGGUUGAUGCCUUGUCUGACCAAGACGCCGGUGUGCUGGAAACCAGCCGAAACUCGACCGGAAAUCGGGCUGGCGCCGAGCGUCAAGAUGCCGAAGCGGCGUAUCUGGCGAGGCUCGACAAGCGCAACGCGAGAGAGCAGUACCAAGCCGAGUUGGAGAGGCAGAAACGGUUGAAUGCCAAGUUGCCCAUUCGCAAACUCGAGCGCCCUGUUUCACAGAACGAUGCAGAUAGCAGUGACGACGAUAUCGAUCUGGAUCACCUCGAUCAAGGCCAAGGCGAGCAGCACGAGGAUCGACAGGAUAGCGAAGCGGAACAACUCGAUUCUUGGAUCGACGACGACGACCAUGAUCAUAAUGACGACAAUGCUUGCGCUUCCAAACGAGCUGUAUCCAGUCGAGCCGUCCACGCGCCUCUGCCGCGUAGCGCCGACAGUGACUCGGACGAGGAGCCUGCAGCUGCGACGUCGACGCCUGUUACGUUGUCCUCGAUCACGCACUCGUCGCGAUUCAACCUUACGGCGCCGUACGAGAUCGUGCUCACGUCGCACGCAUGCCGCCUACCGGCGCCACCGCGCGCUGUGGGCUCGAACCGAAAAGCCGUGCUUGAAUCCUACCGAACUGCGCUGCUUGGCGCACAGAAACAGACUCUGGUCCUCGCACGCAACCAGAUCGCCUCGCUCGCCUCGCAAAUUGUGGCCGACCCGGAAGUCAACUUGGGCCUGCUUCGACGUCUCGCCGUGUUUGCAGCACCUACCAUCUCGGCUCCGCCCGAAAAGAUCGCCGAGAUCAGGCUCGAGCAAGCUGAGGCCAAGGCGAAACGCGCUCCGCACACGGCUCGACCGAUCAAGAUCGACGUGCCCGUGUCGGUGAGGCAGUUGGCGAUGCUCUCGAUGCUGGCCGUGUUUGUCGACAUUCUGCCGGCGUACAGGAUUCGAAGCUUGACCGACAAGGAGAAGGAGGAAAAGGUCGGACAGGACGUAGCUAGGCGCAGGGAAUUCGAGAGUGGCUUGGUGCAAGUGUACAAGCAAUUCCUGCAGCUGUGCGAGGUCGAGGUCAAGGUGAGCAGCACGACAACACAUGACGGCAAGCGUCGCGUGUCACCAGCGUCCUCACCGGCGUUAGAGAAGGCGGCUAUCAAGGUGUUUACUACGCUUGCUACACGGGCGGUGCACUUCAACUUUCGCACCAACAUCCUCGGUGUUGUCGUGGCGCGCAUGUCGCGCCGCACGUGGGGCGAGCUAGAAGAGUCGUGCUACCAAGCGAUCUCGUGCGUGGUCUUGUCGGACCUGAAUGGCGAAGUGGCGCUCGAAGUGGUGCGCUUGAUCCAUCGAAUGACCAAGGAACGAAGGUACAAGGUCAACUCGCGCGUGCUCGACAUUCUGCUACACCUGCGACUGCGUGAUGAGCUCGGCAAGAAACGGUCGUCGACAACCACGACCACGGACCCUGACGCCGAGGCUGCACGCGAGCGACAAGUGUACGCCGAACGACGCGCUGCGAUGAAGGCGCGCGAGGCCAAGAAAUCGGGCAAAGGCGGUGGAAAGGCGUCGACGUCGAAAGACGUGCGCAAGGGACUCGCAACGCACGUCAGCAAGAAACAGCUCAAGAAGCAGAAGCAACUCAAGCAGAUCGAACAAGAGAUGAAGGAGGCCGAAGCCACCGUGGAUCUGCAAGAGAGGGAGAGGAACCAGACCGAAACGUUGAAGUUGGUCUUUGUGCUGUACUUCAGCGUGCUCAAGCGCGACGUAGGCCAGGUAGGUUUGCGGGUCCUGGAGAGUACGUUGAAAGGGCUGAGUAUGUACGCGCAUCGGGUCAAUGUGGAUUUCUUCCGAGAUCUGCUCGAUGUUUUGAAGAAGCACAUUGCUGUCAAUGCGGCCUUACUCGAGGAGCCAGGCGAGCACACCGAGAUGGAUGGCGACGCGUCCGAUUCCGAUAGCCAAGCGCAAGCGCAAGUGGACAAUGUGUUGCUCGACCAAACUACGCUCAGUCGAAGCAUCCGGCACAUGGUACUGGCGCUCAAGACGACGUUUGAUCUGUUUCUCGGACAGGCGGAGGGAUCGAUGCUCAAUCUGGAUCUGACCGAUGUGCUUGGGCAUUUCUACUACACGCUCUUCUACCUUCCUUUUGUCAACGAAGCGCAUGUUUCAGUUUCGUCGGGCUCGCGCUCGGACUCGAGCAUUGUAGAUCUGGCGUUAGACUCGCUGUAUUCGAUCCUGAUCGGCUCGCGCACGCGAUUUCAUCCGCAGCUGCUCGCCGCGUUCGCCAAACGUCUGGCGAUUAUCUCGCUCCAUCUGGGCGCUUCGGGUGCGGGAAAAGUGGUGCGCCUGAUAGCGCAGCUUGUGACGAAACCGUCGACCUCGGCGUCGGCGACGCAGCUCGCGCUCUUGGACCUCGAAGACCGCUCGCGCAACGGCAGCUACCAGGCGCUCGGCAACAACCUCGCCACCACCGCCGUGCUCGAGAGUGGCCAGACCAUCCUAUGGGAGCUCUGCCACCUCACCAAACUGCGCAACCCCGACCUCUCGCAUCACGCCCACCAAGUUUGGGCUCUCAGCCAACACUCUCAGUAG